AGCCAUUUGGAGCCAAGCCGCGGAGCGAUGGAAGCGCUUUAUUUUCAGAUGUUUCGCGACCGCGAGCGGCCGCGCGAAGAAUCGAGCGGUCCGGGCUCCCGGGCCGUACACCGCCAGCACCGCCACGAGCGCGAGACCCGGGCGCCGGGCGCGCCGCUGCGCCCCAGGUCCCGGGGCCACAGCCGGGGCCGCAGCCGCAGCUUCGAGCCGCGCGCCGGCCGCAGCACUUCCCGCGGCAGCCGGCGGCGGAGCCGCAGUGGGAGCCGGCGCCGUAGCGCCAGCCCGGAGGAAGACUUCUGGGAGGACUUCGACCAACGAUGGCAGAGCCAGGUGGGAUUUGAGGACAUGUUCAAGCGCACCCCGCCCAAGCCCACCCUGAGCGCCUAUAUCCACAUUCCGGAACCACGCCAGGAGGACAGCGCCAGCAGAUCCACCAGUCCAGGGGGCUUUUGGCGUGCACCGCUCAGCGGCAGCUCCUCAAACUCCUUUUCGGCGGCGCCUCGCGCGAAGGAACAACCUGGCCCCGGCUCCGCGGGCCUUGCGGGCCGCGGUCCUCGCUUUCGGGAGGGCCAGGGCCAAAAGAAGCUGCUGAAGAAGACGGCGAAGAAGGCCGGCGGCGCGGACGAGGAGGCGGAACUGCGCCGAAGGGAGGAGGAGAAGCAGAAAGAGCUCCGGCGUCGUUUUGAAGCUCAAGACUUCAUAGAGACUCCGGACACGCGCUUCUCCUUCCCUGUGGAGGAGCCACUGGCCGCGGCUUCUGUGGAGCCGGCCCCUGAUGACAGCACCUCCGUGAUGAGUGGAACAUUCACGGAAGGCCGUCACCCGCGCUUUGAAGAACCCAAACUGGAGCCGCUGCAGGAGGAAGCGUGCGAUGCUCCGCGCUCCGACGUGCUGCAAGACAUCUUCGGAGAUCAGCCCUGGCGCGUGUUGCUGUCGGACGCCGCCUUUGGGGAAACCAAGCAGUUGACGCGCAGCCAGCAGAAGGCGGCGCUGGAGGUCUUUAAGACCUUGGCCUCGGGAGUUUGGGCUCCGCACUUUCGGGAGAUGGUGUGCAGCCACCAGCAGCAGAAGCUGAAGUGCGCCAGAGGCGCAGAUCUGGACAUCCUGUGGAGCUUGGACAUGGAAUUCUCCCGGGAGCAGAAAGUCUUCGUGGAGGUGGUCCAAGUCUGGCACGUCACCCGCAAAGAGGAGUCCCAGCGCGCGGCAGAGGCGCUCAAGGAGGAGUGGCAGCGUGGCUCGCGGAGCUUCAAAGGCUUGUUCAACGCCCUUAAGAACCAGAGCAUCACCUACAGCGGGGACUGCCGCAAUCCGCGCACGGUGGCUGCGGCAGACUUGCAGGACAGUGACGUGUUCUCCGUGCGGAAGUUCUUCAGCCUGGACAGCCAGAUGCUGAAAUCCAUCCUGGUGGAGGAGGAGUCGGAUCGAGGCGAGCUGGGCGCGGCGGAGCAGUUCGCGCUGCGCGUCUCCAAGCAGGAGGCGGCCAUCAUCGACAAGCCGGGGCCCAUCAUCGUCAUCGGCCGCAGCGGCUCCGGGAAGACGCUCUGCUGCGUGUAUCGGCUCUUCUUCCAGCACAUGGAAUAUUGGAAGCGGGCCAGCAAGGCUGGGGGCUCAGCGCUGCUGCCAUCUGGCAAUGGCAAUGAGCUGGUACACUUGCAUCAGGUCUUUGUGACCCACUCCGCCAGCCUCGCCAACAAGGUCCUGGAGUACUUCUCCAACCUGCAAGCAACUCACCAGAACGGGCAGGGAGCGGCCCCGAGCGCCAGACUUACGGAGCAGAGCAGGUUGCCGGACAACCUCAAGAACCACAAGAACUUCCCGCUCUUUGUCACGUUCAGGAAGUUCAUUGUCAUGCUCGACGGCUCGUUGGGCAGCCCCUUCUUCCCGCGACGCUUCGCAUCUGGGGCAGUGCAUCCGGACAAGGUGAUCAUGGCGGAGGCCCCGGACGCCCUGGACCCCAUCUCCGCCCUGCGGGAGCAGCGCCGCACCGCGCUGCGCAAGGCGCAGGCCAAGGUCGGCCAGUCGGACUCCAUGACGGAAGUGGACUACGAGCUCUUCAAGGCGAAGUUCUGGCCCAAGCUUCGGCAACACGUGCCCGCAGGGUGCGAUGCGUCCCUUCUGUGGCGCGAGAUCCAGUCAUUCAUCAAGGGCUCCUACCGAGUGCUGGACUUCGAGGGAGGGCAUUUGGACCUCCAGACCUACCGUGAAGUGGCGAAGAAGGCUUCUCCGGGUUUCGAGGAGCACCGACAACAGAUCUUUACUGCCUUCAAAGCCUACCAAGAGCUUUGCAAGGAGUGGAGGUGCUUUGACAGGAUGGAUGUUGCCUGGCACGUCAUCAAGCAACUGAAGCAACAGCCCUACGAUGGGCCGCCUAUACAUUCUGUGGCCGUGGAUGAGGUGCAAGAUCUGGCGCAGCUGGAGCUUGCGGUAUUCUUCAUGAUCAUGAAGCGGCCCUACGAGGACCUCUUCAUCACAGGCGACACCUCCCAGACGGUGUCGCGAGCCGUGGACUUCCGCUUUUGCGACCUGCGGUCGCUCUUCACCCACUUCAAGGUGAAUCCGCCAGAGAUGGACCAGCUUAUCAUCAACUACCGUUCCCACCAGAAGAUCCUGGCGCUCUCGCACAAGGGGGUCGUGAGGCCUUUGGAGCUGGCCUUUCCGCAUGCCAUCGACCACCUGGAGCCCGAUUUGGGGCACAGGGACGGGGUGAAGCCCAUAAUCGUCACGGACGUGCCACUGGAGGACUUGGCCCAGAAUGUCUUCAACCUGGACGGGAGCACCGCCGGGAUCGCCUUUGGCGCCAGCCAGUGCGUGCUGGUGCGCAGCGAGGACUCCCGCGCCAAGCUGCCGGAAGGUCUGAAGAACUCCUUGGUGCUCACUGUGGAGCAAUCCAAGGGCCUGGAGUUCGACGACUGCAUUCUGGUGAAUUUCUUCAAAGACUCCCUGUACAAAGAGUGGCAAACCAUGAAGAUCUUCGCACAGGAGCUGAUGGAAGAGCCUCUGAAGGAGGCCAAGGCGGCCAAGGGGAAGCGCCCGCACUUCGAGCGGAUGCGCCACACCUUGCUUUGCUCUGAGCUGAAGCACCUCUACACCGCCAUGACGCGGACAAAACACGUGCUGCUGAUCAUUGAGGAGGACAUGGAGCAGGCCAAGCACGUCUUCGAACUCUGGAAGGUCAUGGGCCUGGUGAACUUUGGCCUCAUGGAGGAGGAGAAUGCGGAGGCGCGGCGCCAGAUCCACGAGCACGCGGGCAAGAAUCGGGGCAGAGAGUCCUGGAGGCAGAUGGGCCACAACCUCAUGCGCAGGCAGCUCUAUCAGCAGGCCUUGGGCGCCUUCCUGCGGGCGGAGGAUGAAGACAUGGCCAAGGUCUGCAGGGCCUUCAUGCGGGCGCAGCAGGCGGCGCGGGCGAUGGAAGAGUCCGAGGCGGAAGGGGCUCGCCUCUUCCAAGAGGCCGCCGGGCUCUUUGAGGAGGCGAACGCGCGCAGGGAGCAGGCGGAGUGUCUGCUCUACGGCGGCCGCCCACAGCAGGCGGCGGAUUUGUUUGAGACCUUGGCAGAGGAGAAGCCUGAGCUAAAGGUGGAGGCGGCCCGCGCCUGCAGCGCCGCCAAGCGCCACCUCCGCGCGGGGCAGCUGUUUGAGGAGGCCGGGCUGCUGCGGGACGCCAUUGAGAGCUUCCUGCGUGCCGAUUCCCCGGAGGCCAACGAGACGGUGAAGUCUCUGGUGCUCGAGGCCCAUGGCUCCCAACAGCUCAGCACCGAGGAAUGCUUCCGCGUCCUCCAGGACAUGGAUGAUCAAGCAGGGGCUGGCCAGCUGUACUUCAACGAGGGCAAUUUUGAGCAGGCGGCAUCCUGCUUUCAGAGCGCGGGGCUGCUCCAAGAGGAGGCGGGGUGCUAUCUGGAGCUGCGCCAGCCCAUGCGGGCGGCAGAGCGGCUCAGCACCAGCGACGUGCAGGAGGAUCUCUUGGAGGCCGCGCGGCUGUACAAAUCCCACCAGGAAUAUGCCAAGGAAGUACGGUGUCUCCGAGCCCUAUUGGACCAAGCGAUUGAUGAUGCAGCCCUGCGGAACCACUUGCUGGUCCGCUGCAUUGGUCUUCACAAGGAGCUCCGGGAGCCAGCAGAGGCGGCACGUCUUCUUGAGCAGCGAGAAGACUACGCGCAGGCGACGCAAUUCUUCCAAGAGGCGGGGCUUUUCAGCGAUGCUGGCCGCGUCUGCGAGAAGAUGGCGGAGCAGCCGGUCUACAGCUUCCUGGAUGAUGGCCGCCAGCGGAGUGCGUGGCGGAAGGCCAGGGGCUUCUAUGCCCGCGCCGGGGCAUUGAAAGACGAGCUGCGGGUCACUGAGCUCCUGGGUGACUGGCAGGAGUGCGGUCGUCUGGCGCGAAAGUUGAAAGACUUUUCGGCGGCAGCCGGCUUCUUCCUGCAGGACGGGGAUGUUGAGAGCGCAGUGCCUUGCCUGGUGGACAACAAGGACUUCGAACAGGCUUACCAGCUGCUUCAGCAACUGCCAGUUCAGGAUGUGGACUUGGAAGUGAGGUGCUUGGUAGGGCUGGAGCGCUUUGACGAGGCAGCGCGCAAGCGCAUGCAGCUGCUGCCAUCCAACAGCGACGAGCGGUGCAAGAUGGUUCUUGAGGCCUUUGGUUUGGCAAGAAAGAGCAGGGAGAGCUAUCGCCAGUUCUUGGCGGAGUUCAGGCACAAGAUGCCGGACCCCAGCACCGCCCUCAUCUACUUCGCGGAGGUUGCGGACGCGGAGCAGAUCUGCGAACAGCUCCUGCAGUGCGAGCAGCCGCUGCCGGCCGCCGCCGCGGCAUCGAUUUUGGGUGAGCCACAGAAGGCCUUGGAGCUGUUGGAGCGGUGCGGCCUGAAGCAGGAGCGGUUGCCGAAGCUGACCUUAGAAAUCCUGCUGGUGGCUUUGCAGCGGCCUGCGUCGGCGGCGGACGCAAAAUCGCUUUGGGAACUGCAUGGCCGCAUCGCGGAGUUGCGACCUUUGCUGAAGGACAUCGCGGAUACCGCCCGCCUGGACUACGCCGAGGCUACCUUGCAGAGGAGGUGCGGCAAGUCCGGGCCAGAUCGGCUCAAGAAGACCUGGGAGAAGGCGAAGCAUCAGGAUCUGCCGCACCCGCUGCAACUGCUCAUCGGCGAGGAGAUGGUUUUGGCCAAGUCUGGCACGGCUGCAGAUGCCAUGUGGACGCUUACCCAGAUCGACUGGUAUAUCGAGGUGGCCAAAGCUGAGAGAAGGAAGAAGAGGGACCUGGAUGACUUGCUGGAGCACGGCUACCAGGUGACGGUGAACUCUCUGCACCGGAUGUUCUACGACGCCCUCCAUGAGCUGCGGGAACAGAAAGAAGAGACAUCUGGCAGACUCAGACCGAUAUUGGAAAGAGUUCUGCCAAAGUUCCACCGGCUGUGCACCAAAGAGGAUCUUGAGGUGCCUGGCUUCUCGGGAGCUGUCACGGUGGAUGCCAAGAGCAUCGUCAGGGACUUGGAGGAGCGCCGGCUGGCGCUUUUGCAAAGGCUGCAGCAGAUCUGUAGCACGAGGAAGGAAGACUUGUGCAACACGCCGGGUCUGUGGCUGGAAGCGUUUCAGAAGGCCAACGAUGAACCACGGAAGCUCAAGUUCAAGGAUGGCUUUCUGUCAAGCCUGCAGCAAUGCGCGCUGGUGGCCAGCUGGAACAGCCUCACCGAUCCGGUGCGUCAGCAGAUGACACAGGCAGCCAGGGACUUGUGGCAGCGCGCGUGGCAGGCCGAAGUGGAGACGCUGAGGAAGCCGACGACGAGCACCAGUCAGGCUCAGAUGAACUCGGCAGCGCAGAAGCUGCAGAAGGUCAUCAAAGAAUUGGUGCACCUUUUUUGGCUGAAGGAGAGCCGGAACGAAGGCGCUUGGGACGAAAGCAAGCUGGCAAAGAGCGUGAGUGACCUGGUGCUGGAGGAGCUCGAGGAAUUGAGGCUCAUUUGCCCCAAGCACGUGGAGUCCAAGAACUGCCAGGCGCAGAAGAAUCAGAAAUGCCCCUUGGACCACCCGCGCGUGCAGAAGACCUACAACAUCAGGCAACUGCUGGCCACAGAGACUGGAGGAAGGCAGCAAACCUUUGAUGGCCUCGGGCUGCAAGGGUGGAUCGACAUGGUAGACCUCUGCAGCAAGUCCGUCAACCAGAACAACUGCACAAGGGCAGGAUGUGGAUAUUGGCAUCCUGAGACAGGCUUGCUGCAGAACAUCCAAAGAGCAUUGAGGGAGUCGCAGAGAACACAUUAUUUGCACUUUGACUACUCGAAGCUGGAAGACCUUGCGCCGGUGGCAAAGGUGCUGCGGGAGAGCUCCCAGUGCAAAGCACUUCCACAGGGCCUGGGCUUCGUCUUUCGCGAGGACCUUCACAAAGCAGAAAAUGUGCGACUGACCGCUAUCCUGGCACAUGCGCUGGUGGCAGAAAGCUGCUGCAAGUUGAGCCCUGACGCGUGCAAGACUGUCUUGCUGCGAAUGUGCCGCGCCAUCUACCGCUACCCGGAUGCCCUGGCCGCGGAUCUGGUCAAGCGGACCUUGCAGGAAGUGGUGGCACGCGCAGGCGACGAGAAGCUGCGCGAGAUCUCCCGCGACAUCACAUGGGAGGUGGAAGGCAUGCAGAAGAAAGAUAACGAUCGGUGUCUGCUGUCAUUGCUUCUGCGGCGACAGAAGCAGCAGCGCAAGCAAACUGCACCAAUUGGAAGCUCGGGCCUGAAUCCCCAUGCGAAGGAGUUCGUGCCCCUCCUGCCCGGUUUCCUCCGUCCAAAUGCUUGGGAACAAGGAGAUACAAUCGCGCGACUCAUGGGAGAAGCCACAGCAGGAUCUAUGCCCAUUGGAGCAGGGCAAGCGCAGGGGUGGCGUCCAACUCUUGCGAGAGCUUAGCGUUCAGUCCCAGCUUGAAUGAGCCGCUGCCGCUCCGAUGUACAAAGCACAUCGAAAUGCAGAAGAUGUUUCAGGCAAUUGCCUGGAG